AUGGCUCAACGAAGACAUGAUGCUGGACCUUCUUCCAGGUACUCAGACUACCACAGGCGCGAAGGUCGGUCAUCGAAUCUUCCGCCAAGCUGGUCGGACAGCUCCGAGAGGCACUCUUACGAGUACGUGGACGAUCGAGAUCGACAUCCCGAUCCCCACGUCCCCAGCUACUCUAGGCAGUACGCAGGUGCUAGGCAGGACUAUCCUGCAUCUGCCGCAUCUCGGCCACGUCCCACGCCCAGAGAGGUCGAGUGGGAAGAACAUCGGCGGUGGGAAGAAGAUCAGAUGCGCAGGAGAUCGCAUGAACAGUCCGAGCGAGUCUCUGCUAGGCGUGGAUGGAGUCCUGAGGCUUCGAGAGGCUCGCAUCGCUCAGAAUAUCCGGACGAAGAUUCUCGAGGAUGGGCUAGACCUUCAAUGGACGUUGGGUCGUUGAGCAGUUCUGUGCAUCCUUCGUAUGACAGAGGCUCGCGCGACAGACGCCCCUUUGAAGAGUCUCGAUUUCCAUCCUACCUCCGCCAAUCGUCGCCGCCUCCUCAGGCCAGACGUGAUCCUUCGCCAGAAGCGUCGCCUUCCAAACCUGGCAUGAGCAUCAUGUCGCUGCUAGGCAACAAUCGUAGUGGGACAGACUCCAACACGGGGCCUAGCCCUUCGCCACCCCGGAGUGAGCCCGUACGUGACGUGUCACCGCCUAGACGCUCAGCUGCAGACCUGCCAUUUGACCCAAUCAGGGGCGAGCGAUAUGAGGCAAGACCUUCUGCAUACGCCUCGCCUCCGCGGUCUCGACACCAAAACGGGGAUCUAGAGGGAGAUUUGGAGGAAAAUAAUAGCGAAUUGUCGCCAGAACCCCUUGCGAAAGCUCCCGCUGGGCUCGCUGGCUUGCUGAGUCAAACAAGUCCCGAUCGAAAUCGAACUUCAGCUAUGCCUGCUUCCAUGUCGCAUCUCCUCGAUGGAGGCGGUCCACGUCCAUCUCGACCAAUUCCUCAAAGCCCCUCACCGAGCGAUCACGUCGACAAUGAGGAAUCGCACGCUCUGACGCGUCUUUCAUCAUCAUCUCUGUCACCGCCCCGCCAGCAAGCACCCAAAGCCCGCAUCAAUGGCACUUCGAAAGCGAUUCCCUGGGCAGAUAGCAGCGCAAUGGAAGAUGAUUCUAUCGCGCGAUCACUCUCUGACGAGAUGGAAGGAUCGUCUCCUCUCUCAGAGGCACCAGCACCACCGCCGCCGCAAGAAGCUGCGCCACCACGUAAAAAGCUCAAGCUGCGUGCUAAGCCCUUGCAACCAAAGAAGAGCCAGCCACGCGCAUCUGCGAAGAUUUGGGACAGCGACCUUUCCGCUGAGGAGAAUAGACCUCAGUGGGAAGAGGAGGCGCAGCAUUACGAGUCGCAGUUGGCAGAGCGAUUCGCUUGCAUUGAGCAAGUUUACGAAAACUCGCUGACUCAGAAAGAGGAGGAGCUUGGUCUGCACCUGAGCGCCAUGUAUUCCAAGCGACACGCUGCCAUCAUGCGCAAAGUGGACCAUCGCGAAAAGGUCGAAGCCAAGCAGCGGAUUGCGCGUCAAAAGAGUCGCAAGGAAGCUCAACGCAAGCAGCGCCGCGAACGCGAGAUCGAGGCAGAGUUGUUGGGCACGCUCGGCGAAGAGCCGAGUAAUCCUUCCAAGGCAAAGACACCGAGCAACGGCCCUGCUGUUGUCAGCAAGAGCGCCAAAGCUGCAGUGCCGACUGAAGGCGAAACAGGGUCAGGCAAAGGCCGCAAGCGUAAAAUCGACGCCCUGGCGGAACAAGCAGUCACUCCGCUUGCAUCGCCUAGUCUGGGCGUGGUGCCACUGGAAGGCGACGACGGCCGUGACGAUGAGUCAGAAGCCAUCUUUUCGAGGGCGAGUACACCCGAUGAGGGUGAAGAGUUGGCCACGGGUAUCAUUCCGAUCGACGAGCGUCGUGAACACGUCCUCGCUGAAGCGCAUCGCAAAAUCUGGACGCAAAUUGCGAAGCGCGAGAUUCCGAAAGUCUACAAAUUGGUCCAAGCAAGCUCCACCAACAAGUCCACCUACUGGCGUCGCAUUUCUGCUGUUGUGCAACGUGAAGCCAAACGCGGCUCUACGCGCAACACACGCACAACCAAGGAUCUCCAACUCCGUGCGCGAAAGGUGAUGCGUGAGAUGCUGGUCUUCUGGAAGCGCAACGAGAAGGAAGAAAAGGAGCUGCGGAGGAAAGCAGAUAAAGAGGCCAUGGAAAAGGCGAAGAAGGAAGAAGAGCUUCGCGAAGCCAAGCGACAGGCUCGCAAACUCAAUUUCUUGAUCACACAGACCGAGCUGUAUUCUCACUUCGUCGGGAACAAGCUCAAAACCAAUGAAGCAGAGGAUUCUGAGGAGACCUCUGGAAGUGGAGGUAACAAGGUUAUUGAUCCCACGCCCGCGGACGGCCAGGCUGCUGGUGCGUCGUCGGCUCCUCCCCUGGACUCGCAGCCCGCCGGACCAGCCGCGGGCGCUUCUGCUGCUGAUCUCAAGGACAUCGACUUCGACGAUGAGGAUGAGACCAACCUCCGAGCUCAUGCGCGGCGCAACGCCGAAGAAGCAGUGCUUGCCGCGAAGCAGAAGGCCGAGGCUUUCGACGCUCGCAAGCAGGCGGAGCAGGCUGCCGCAAACGCGAACGCGACCGGGGAAGAUGGCGAAGGACGCACCAUCGAUCAACGAGAUCUGGGCAAAGCGUUCGACUCGGAUGAUAUGAACUUCCUCAAUCCUUCGUCGAUGGGCGCAAUGGAUCUCAAGCAGCCAAAGAUGCUGACAUGUGCUUUGAAAGACUAUCAGCUAAAAGGUCUCAACUGGCUCGCCAACUUGUACGAGCAGGGCAUCAAUGGCAUUCUGGCCGACGAGAUGGGCUUGGGCAAGACGGUGCAAAGCAUAUCUCUGAUGGCCUACCUUGCAGAAGUGCACAACAUUUGGGGACCCUUCCUGGUCAUUGCACCUGCCUCCACCUUGCACAAUUGGCAACAGGAAAUCGAAAAGUUCGUGCCCAACCUCAAAGCUCUUCCGUACUGGGGCAAUGUGAAAGAACGCGCCUUGCUCAGGAAAUUUUGGAAUCGCAAGCAGAUCAGCUACCACCGCGAUGCACCCUUCCACGUUCUAGUCACCUCUUAUCAACUCGUCGUCAGCGAUGAGAAGUACUUCAAAAGGGUACGCUGGCAGUACAUGGUUCUAGACGAAGCACAAGCCAUCAAGUCGUCUAGCAGCAACCGAUGGAAGUCUUUGCUCAGCUUUGACUGUCGUAACCGGCUUCUCUUGACCGGAACGCCCGUGCAAAACUCGAUGCAAGAGCUCUGGGCUUUGCUGCAUUUCAUCAUGCCAAGUCUCUUUGAUUCGCACGACGAAUUUAGCGAAUGGUUCAGCAAAGACAUCGAGACCCAUGCAGGAGGCGAGAGCAAGGGCAGUACCCUCAACGAGCACCAACUGCGACGUCUACACAUGAUCCUCAAACCUUUCAUGCUGCGCCGUAUCAAGAAGAACGUUCAAAACGAGCUUGGAGACAAGAUUGAGAUCGAUGUCUUUUGCGACAUGAGCGCUCGACAGAGGAUGCUCUACCGAGGUCUGCGAGAGCGCGUCUCCAUCGCAGAGCUCAUGGACAAGGCAUCUUCUCAAGACGAAGCAGGCAUGAAGAGCUUGAUGAAUCUGGUCAUGCAAUUCCGAAAAGUGUGCAACCAUCCGGAACUGUUCGAGAGGGCAGACGUGCUUUCCCCAUUCGCUUUCGCUCGGUUCGCUCAAUCAGGAGCGCUUUCAAGGGAAGGAGAUGUGCUCGACUGUCCUGACUCGACGCAGAGUCUCAUCACGUACGAGCUGCCCAAGCUGAUUUGCAGUGGCGGAGGCUUUCUCUCGACACCUGCAGAAGGGAGUCGCGCCGGCUUCGACACUCACUACCUGGGCAACUUGUUAAAUAUCUGGCGGACCGAGUAUAUUCACCGCUCGCUAGACACCUCUACGUCGGCUUUUGCUGCUUUGCGACUGCUCGGGCUGGCCGCGAGCGAUGGCGAGCGUGCUUUCCAUGGCGCCGCAGUAACGAACGCGAUGCUUAGCUCGGGCUACGAAAGUGACCUCAGAGAUGGUACCGCCUUCUCGCAAGACGAUGACUUUGCCCUUUCUGCCAGACGCCCCUUUGGCCUUGUAUCCAAAGCUCUUCCGGCCAACUCCGCUUUCGUGCCGUCGCAGGUGGUGCCACUUCAUUCUGUUGCCUCGGAUUACGGCGCCAAGUCAAUUCUCGCCGGUCCAGACGCUCGUUUCGUGCCUGCAUCAGCAGUCGCGCCGCCUGUACAAGCGUUUGGCUCCGAUCGGCGCUUCGUAGAGAAACAAGAAAGGCGCAAGCGAGACACUCUCGUGCAACAGAUGCUGUUCGGCUUGCCAACGCCCGCGCUCCGCGAGUCUGAGGAUGCCGUUGCUCUGGCGCGGUCUGCGCUUCCUGGUCUGCCUCCCAAAGGCCUGCUAGAUGCGUCUCCUGCCCACCAGCUGCCUGGUGCAGGCAUGCAGGUGCCACAGAUGAACAAGCUUAUCAUCGACUCAAGCAAGCUUGCACAUCUCGACGGUCUCCUCCGCGAGCUGAAGGCAAACGGACACCGUUGCCUCAUCUACUUCCAAAUGACUCGCAUGAUUGACCUCAUGGAAGAGUACCUCAUCUUUAGGAACUACAAGUACUUGCGCCUGGAUGGCUCGUCAAAGAUCUCCGACAGGCGAGACAUGGUGACAGACUGGCAAACCAAGCCAGAAAUCUUCAUCUUCUUGCUGUCAACUCGGGCAGGUGGACUAGGCAUCAAUCUUACAGCAGCAGACACUGUGAUCUUCUAUGACCAUGACUGGAACCCAUCGAACGAUUCGCAGGCGAUGGACCGUGCCCACCGUCUUGGCCAGACGAAGCAGGUGACCGUGUACAGACUCAUAACCAAGGGUACCAUCGAUGAGCGUAUUGUCAAGCUUGCGCGCAACAAAAAGGAGGUACAAGAUAUUGUCGUCGGCAACAAGGCAUACUCUGAGACAGGCAUGGCCAAACCGCAAGAGAUCGUCUCUUUGCUCCUUGAUGACGAGGAGCUAGCCGAUCAGAUGCUGCGGCGAAAGCAACAAGAAGAAGCGCAAUUGGCGCAGGACAAAGCAGAUCAUAUGCGCAAUUUGCAUGCCAAACGAAAGCUGAAGACAGCUCAAGCCAAUGCUGCUGCUACAGCUGCCCCAGCACCGGCCGGUCCUUCCUGGGCUGUGUGGGACGAGGACGAGGACGACUUUUUCGGAGCCAAGCCACCUACAAGACCGCCAAUUGUCGAAGUGCCUGCAUCUGCGCCCAAGAAGGGCAGACCUUCAAAGAAUGCCGAUGCAACUGCUAGCCCUGUUCCCAACGGAGCUCCAAAGAAGCCACGAAAGUCUAAGACGACAGACGAAGGCGCUGGAGCAGAGGACGGUGCCACUGCGCCUUCAGCUAAGCCAUCAAAGAAGUCUCGUAAGAAAGCUGGGGCAGAUGCUUCGGGCGACGUGGCUCCUCAGAAGAUGAACGGGGAAGCCGAUUCCGAUGUAGACGUCGAACAUCCUUCAGAGCAAGCUUCUACGAUGAUGUCCAUAGACGAUCCCGACGCUUACUGA